AUGGCUCUCCCAUUAGAUAUCGUGUCAAUAAGCUAUAUCGCCAUUUACUGGAUUUUAAAUCGCGCAGAGGCACUAAUUGCAUACUCCAUAACUAGCCAAAGGCGGACAUUAGGUGAUGGCAACUACUCCUACCGCUUUAUUGACCGCCAUAUGCGGCAGAAACUAUUGAACCUCGUUGAAAAAACCUCGGAUUUAGCGGGAUUUGGAAACAUACAGCUCCCAAAGAAGUCAUCUCAGAUUCUCUUGACUCUAAUGCUCGAGUCGCGUAUUACAUCGCCACAAUUCGACAUUGUCACACUACACGACUAA